AGGCGUUGCGUUGGAGGAGGAAGUGAAAGGGGAAGAGAGACGCUGGGGGUAGCCGAUAUUUAGCUCGCUGGUAGACAAGCUUUGAAGCACCGUGCUGAAUUCACCCACCAGCUGUGGAUAAUCUGCCUCGUCAAUUUGCGACAAAGGUGCUGUUAGUGUUCGCGCAAAGGACAACACAUCUGUCUUGCAAUUUGAAACGCGGCGUUGCCAAAUUAACGACAGCGAACGACUUCGGCAACGGUGAGCUAGCUAGCUAGCUAACGGGACGCCUAGUUAGCCCAGUUAGCCAACAAGGCUAACGGUACCUGAACAACAACAGCCCGAUCGGUUCCCGGUAUCCAACCGAAGCAGCGGAAAAAUGACAUCCAGGAAGAAAGUGCUUUUGAAAGUCAUCAUCCUCGGAGAUUCUGGUGUGGGAAAGACCUCCUUAAUGAACCAGUAUGUGAACAAGAAGUUUAGUAACCAGUACAAAGCAACAAUAGGAGCAGACUUCCUGACCAAGGAGGUGAUGGUGGACGACCGGCUCGUUACAAUGCAGAUCUGGGACACAGCUGGCCAGGAGAGGUUCCAGUCUUUGGGAGUUGCGUUCUAUCGCGGAGCAGACUGCUGUGUGCUGGUGUUUGAUGUGACCGCACCCAACACCUUCAAGACCCUCGACAGCUGGAGGGAUGAGUUCCUGAUCCAGGCGAGCCCUCGAGAUCCUGAGAACUUCCCCUUCGUGGUGCUCGGAAACAAGAUUGACUUGGAGAACAGACAGGUAACCACCAAAAGGGCUCAGGCAUGGUGUCAGAGUAAGAACAACAUCCCCUACUUUGAGACCAGCGCCAAAGAAGCCAUAAAUGUAGAACAGGCAUUCCAGACAAUUGCACGCAACGCCCUUAAACAGGAGACGGAGGUGGAGUUGUACAAUGAAUUCCCGGAGCCUAUAAAACUGGAUAGAGACAGAGCUAAACCUUCAGCAGAAAGCUGCAGCUGCUGAGGAACAUCUUGGACCAUCAUCUCUGAAACGCCCUGUCAUUGGUUACAUCUCCUGCACCUCGCUCCUCGGGAGAAGACUUCCCUACUGGUCUUCCUCCGUCACACCACUGUUUAUUCCAUCGACACAAACCCUCACGCAGUACGCUGCACAUGGAUGUACUACCACACACACACACACACACACACACACACAGGGACAUGCGCGCAGUACACAUAUUAAUGCACUCACGCACACUAGCUGAUAAAUCCAGUGCCCAAAAAUCCCACAAGAGAAGAAUGACGCCCCUUCUGACCUACCGAGUCCCUGACUUGCUAGUGAGUGAUCUCCGGCCCGCCAACAUGUUUUUUUUUUACUUUGCUCUCUGACUCUCACACUGAGGGGGCAAGAUGGAGCCAUGUUCAAAGAGGCCAAUUGGAAACUAGAUAGACUGGCUGAAGCUCUGUAAUGUGAGAUGAUGUUGGCUAACGUCAGCAUCCCAAGUAUCUUAUUCUCUUUGUUUUCUUUUCACUUUCUAUUUGCCAAUUAGUCAAAACAUGAUUGUGUUGAUCUUUUUUAUAAAAUUAAUUGAUCAGCAAAUUAAUAUAUAUGUAUAAUCAGCUAAUUAAUAUAUAUUAAUUAGUUAUUUCUCAAGCCUGAAACAAAAGCCUGUUUUUUUGCACUUUCUUUUUAGGUUUUUGCCUUUUUAAAUAUUAUUGAGGGAUUACUGAUUUUGGGCAACGUCUGCCACAACAUGCGUUUUGGUAAGCUUCAAAUGAGACCUCCUCAAUUGUUUUCCCUGUCAAUUAUGUUCCCAGAGAAUCAGUUUAACACUAUCACGACGUUCUGCCUUUUCCCUUCCAGUUGGUGUGUUAGUGGGUUUAUAACUGCCUCACACUGCAGAUGAGUAGACAUUAAGUGUAAAACAUGGAUUCAUUCCUUGAUAUAUUAAUAUUUGCCUUUUAUGUAACAUUAAUUGUACUGCUACUAUUCCCGCUGAAUGUCUUAUGUUGUUCAUCAGACAUCUUUUAACGCUUUGGAAUUACAAUACGUGUCACCAACACAGCAUACACCAGUCUCCUGUCUUUGCUAUUGCUGUUCUCUCUAUCUGCUUGUAGCUCAGGUUGGCUAAGUACUACAUAUUUUUAAUGGAUUGUGCAUUGCGGUGUAUAGAUUGUAAAAGUAAAUGUCAGAUGGAUUUAAUUGAAAUGGAUCACCUCUCUUCCAUUUAAAGAAAGGUUCCGAAGUUUUGCCCUGGUAUUACUCCUUCUCCUUAUAGAAAACGAAUCAUUGCAAUGCCAACAAUAAUGUCAAAGAAAAUUGGGAUGUCAAAUAAUAAAACUCUUGAAUAUA